GCAUGAAUGUGUGGGUGUGUGCUGCACCAGACAUCAGCAGCAGGUUGAGAGCCGACACACAGAGGAAGAGAGAGAGAGGAAAAGAAUAAUAGCAGUCAUAGAAAAAGAGUAAAAACAGUCCUUCAUUCAACCCUCUGUGAGAACUUCACAACAGCUUAUUGCACACAGUUACAAUGCUGCAUAGUACCAGGCCCCUGCUACUGUGCGUGCUGUGUCAUGUGACCACCGCGUGGGCGUUUUCCCGCAUGUCUGACGCCAUAGAGCUGCGAUCUGCAUUCUCUGUGGCACGUACCAGCAGCAUGGAGGGAGGACCUAAAAUGGUCGUGACCUUUGACAAGGUGUACGUCAACAUCGGUGGUGAUUUUGAUCCAAAGGCCGGCUUAUUCCGCUGCAGGAUUCCGGGUGCAUACUAUUUCUCCUUCACCGUGGGGAAGUUUCCACGUCGAGACCUGUCGGUCAUGCUGAUGAAGAACCGUAAUGAGGUUCAGGCAAUCGUGUAUGAUGAGAACGGCGGAGAGGAACGGAAAGUGCAGAGCCAGAGUGCCAUGCUGCAGCUGGAUUUCGGAGACACCGUCUGGCUUCGUCUCCACGGAGACCCACGUUACGCCAUCUAUAGCAACACGGGUCAUUACACCACCUUCAAUGGUUACCUGAUCUACCCUGACGUGUAUGGCUACCAAGAGCACAAGCACAAAGAGCAUGACGGUGACAAUCAGCCACCCAAAAUCAAUGAUCACAUACUGUCCGAGCACGACAAUGCAGUUACAAAAGACACAAGUGUGAGUAUGAAAGAGGACAGAAAACUGGAAGAAAUAAAAGAGGAGGAGAGAGAUGUAGAGGAAGAAGAUGACGACCAGAGGUCAGCGUUCUCUGUGGGCCGCAGUCAGAGCAUUGUGGGAGUGGAUCAAGGAUACCCUGAGCACCAGCCCAUCACAUUUGACUCAGAAUUUGUAAACAUCGGAAGCGACUUCAACAUGAGCUCCGGUGUUUUCAAAUGCAGAGUGCAGGGAGCCUACUACUUCUCUUUUAAUGCUGGCAAGUUGCCCCAUAAGACUCUGUCAGUGAAGCUAAUGAAGAACCACUUAGAGGUACAGACCAUGAUCUAUGAUGACAGCGACACUGAGAAGGCCUUGCAGAGUCAGAGUCUGAUGCUGUCACUGCAGUAUGGAGACACUAUCUGGCUGUAUAGCCACCAGAAGGAUGGAUUCGGUGCCUACAGUAAUCAUGCCAAGUAUAUCACUUUCACUGGCUUCUUGGUUUAUCCUGAACUCCACCAAAGCCUCCCUCAGCAGCAAAAACAAGAUAAAACACUGUAGACCGGUCUAGGAGACAUUGUGGGUCUUUAUGGAGGGUUGGUUAAGUUUGUGCUCAUCAGUGUUUGGAUGGAAGGUGUGUAUACACUUUAGAGACAUUCCUACUCAUGGUUUGCUUCUUCAGACUCCAUAAUAGCUCCUUGCAUAGCUCCAACUGUUGUUUCCCUUUAUAAGCAUUUUAGGUGGAAAUAACAAAACUAAGCAAAAAGUACCUUUAACAGUUCACCAAAACAUGUCCACUGAUUGGAACUUUGAACAGAUGUUCCAGGGUCUGUACAAGUUAAGAUCAAUACACAAUUUUUUAAUUUGCAACAUAAAAUCAAGCAAGUUGAUGUCAGAGUAACGUAUCCGUUGCUUUGCGGAAGGAAACGUCUGGAGAGUAUAAAGGCCAAAAUGUAAAGUUCAUAUUGAAAUUGUUAACAUAUUUAAAUAAAUGUAUGCUGUUGAUUGAGUUUAACUUGUAUUAAAUCCAGAACCGUUUAUUAAAGUCCAAGAAUGGUAGCCUUGUCACAAAACAUAUUCUUGGCAAGAUACAUUAGAAAGGUCCUGUGGUUUCCCAAAUCAAUUAAACUGAUUUAAUGCAUGUGUAUUUCAAGUAAGAUCAUUUUUGUGUUGUCUUAAUGGAGUUUGCAUGAAAGAUUUGCACGACAGUCUUCUUCUGUUGCAUUUAUUAUUUACAUAAUCAAGAUCAGUAUUCAAUGAACACAAAAAACAGGCAAUUUGCACUUUACAAAAAUAAUGUAGAUCGGUUUUGGAAUAGCAAUUCCUUUAAACUGAGGAUUUCUUCUGUCAAUUCACCACAUAAUGCUAACUAAUUCAGAGUGCAGAGGUGACAUCUUCUGAAGGAAAAAAUAUUCCUAUUCACUGCCAAAAUUAUUUAUUUACAUCUUCAGAUGUUAAUUAUUUUAGGAUAUUUUGGAAAGAAAAUCUAUCAAAUGAAUUGAUUAGAUCAGUUUAUUCAUCUUGUUUUAUGCCGUUCUGUGUACAUGGGCAUGAAGAUUUAUUUAAGAAUCAAGUGCACAGUUGUAAAAUGUAAA